AUGGGUUCUGUUGAAAAGGAUAUUAGUCAUGAUCAUAUCUAUUUAUCCAAUAUUUCAGUAGAAAAAGAUUGCCAUCAAGCACGAAAUUCUUCCGAUACUCGUCGACGCGCCAUUCGAAAGAAAUGUGAUAUUCAAACCGAAGAAGAUCGGCAAAUGUAUUUUCGACGACGGACACUCAACAAUGCUUCUUGUCGAAUCUCGCGUAUUCACCGUCGAACGAAACUGGAUUUGAUAUACAAGAAAUGUGCUGAAUACGAAGAUUUGAAUACAAAAUUAAUCCGACAAGAGGGCAUUCUGUUCGAAGUUAUCAACCAAUUGAAAGAACAUUUGCGAAGUUUAGUUUCCAACGAUAUUCCAGCGAAUGAAUAG